AUGCCAGAAUUGAUGUCCGACAUCGUUUACACGGACGAGCCCAACCCGCUCGCAAUAACCAUCGAUGCAACCAUCAACGUAGUGGGCAACAACAACACUCUAGCCCUAACAUCGCAACCUAUCUCGAAGAAAGAGCCCCCAACAGGCCAGACUUCCGAAGCCGAAAAUGACGCCAGUGCAUCUCUGGUUCGGAAACAAGAUAGAGAGGCAAAAGCUGCCAGACUAGCCUCUGUCAUCCUCAAAGCUCUCCAACAGGCCGAUGGCCUGACGGAUGAUCAAGGCCGCAAGCGCACUGUUAGCGUUAUGCUCAAGUGUGGUGUAAAGGUUGAGGGUUGCAAUAAUGAAGUGCUCUCUGAUGAGGACGUCAAUGGAUUGACUUCCUGCUCGUUACGCGUUUCGUCUGGUGGGAGAAAGCGCGCUGCAUCGGUAUGUUUGGCUUCUCUCCAUUGGGGUGGGGGCCUGUAG